AUGCAGCCUUGUGAUCCAUCCUCCGCCUUUUUCGGCUUCAUGGGCGUGACCUCCGCGUUGGUCUUUGCCAACCUGGGUGCGGCCUACGGCACUGCCAAGAGCGGCGUUGGCAUUGCCUCCAUGGGAGUGAUGCGACCUGAUAUGAUCAUGAAGUCCAUCAUCCCAGUCGUCAUGGCGGGUGUGUUGGGCAUCUACGGCUUGAUCACCGCCGUCAUCAUCAACGGAAAGAUGGAUGCGGCAAACUACUCAGCCUACUCCGGCUAUGCACACCUGGGUGCAGGCCUCACAGUGGGCAUGAGCUCCUUGGCUGCCGGCCUGGCGAUCGGCAUCGUGGGCGACGCGGGGGUCCGUGCCAAUGCCCAACAGCCACGGCUCUUCGUCGGCAUGAUCUUGAUCCUUAUCUUCGCUGAGGCCCUGGGGCUCUAUGGCCUCAUCGUUGGCCUAGUGGUGGCCUCCACUGCCGAGGGGAAAGGCAAAGGGCUUUGCACGCCCUACGCCUGA